GCACGCGAGAAGGAAACUCGCCCGCCUUGCAAGCUGCAAAGCCGAGAACACCCGAGCAUGCGCAAAGGCGCAGCCUAUGACGCCUGCGCAUUGAGUACCGACGUGUGUGGAGGAGAGAGAGGGAGGGGGGAAAAGAAGGCGCUCUUCCCUUCACCCGCUCGCGAGGUUUUGCCCAUGAGGCGCUCCCCCCUCUCCUCUUUUGUUUUAUUCCGUUGCGCGCGCGGCUUCUCCUUCCUCCUCCUCCCCUUUAAGCUGCACCUCCCCCCCUGUCUUUUUUGUCCUCCGUCACGCCGCUUCUGUGGUAAGGCCUGAGGGGGCGGCGGCGAAGGCCGGCCGACUUGACUGACGGACUCGUGUAGGCCCCGGGGCGGUUGCGGGUGCUGUGGUCGCUGAGGGACAGGACUCGGAGGAGGAUGUCCGGGGGCUGGGGCCGGGAUAUGAUGGACUAUGGCGGCGGCGGGGCCGGCAUGUCCGGAGGGGGCGGCCGGGGCGGCGGCGGGAGCGGCGCGGGCGACGGCCGCAUCUACGUGGGGAACUUGCCGGCCGACGUGCGCGAGAAGGACCUGGAGGAGCUUUUCUACAAGUACGGCCGCAUCCGGGACAUCGAGCUGAAGAGCAAGCGGGGCCUCGUGCCCUUCGCCUUCGUGCGCUUCGAGGACCCCCGAGAUGCAGAAGAUGCAGUUUAUGGGAGGAAUGGCUAUGAUUAUGGCCAAUGUCGUCUACGUGUUGAGUUUCCCAAACCUUCCAGAGGACGGGGUGGAGGUUUUGGUGGGGGGCCUCGUGGGAGAAAUGGCCCUCCUUCACGACGCUCUGAAUUCCGGGUCCUUGUUUCAGGGCUUCCUCCAUCAGGCAGCUGGCAGGACCUGAAGGAUCACAUGCGUGAAGCUGGUGAUGUAUGUUAUGCAGAUGUACAGAAAGAUGGAAUGGGGGUGGUUGAGUUUCUCCGCAAAGAAGACAUGGAAUACGCACUGCGUAAACUGGAUGACACCAAAUUCCGAUCUCAUGAGGGUGAAACAUCCUAUAUCAGAGUUUGUCCUGAAAGAAGCAUCAGCUAUGGCUACUCGCGCUCCCGUUCUGGUUCAAGGAGCCGCGAUUCUCCAUACCAAAGCAGGGGAUCGCCACGCUACUCUUCUCCCUUCAGGCCAUACUGAUUGCACCCAACAGGGACUUCUAAAAAUGUGAACUGAGCUCUUUAUUUCUGCUCAGAGUUUACAUUCCAAAAUGGAUGGAUAUAGUCUUUCGUAGGAAGCCUUGUUUUUUUGUUUUUUGUUUUCCUUUCUUAUUCAAAUAAAAUCUUUUUUUAUGACUUAACAGUUUUUACUAGGAAAGUGUUGGUAAUGAAGUACUAUAAACAUUGCCACUUUAAAAACUUCUUUUGUUUGGAAAAUGUAAAUUGUUUUUGUUUCUCCUAAAUGAGGGGAAAUGAGCUUGAGAAACUAGUAUGCAUUUAAUGGUUUGCAGGAUGGUGCUGUAAAGCAGUGGAGCAACCUGUAUGGCUCACCCUGUUGUGGUGUUUUGAAAUAUACUUAAAUGUUUCUGUAACUCAUAA